UGAACCGAACAGAACGCAGAAGAAACAGGGGAGCAAGCAGGGAUCCGCGUCUCCCUUCCCCUGCUAUUUUUCGCCCCACGUGAGAUGGCGGCGGGAUGAAAUGCCCCGACAUGCACACGCCCGGGGGACGGACGCGUCAGGGCUGACCGCUGCUGCUGCUCGGUGUCGUGCCCGGGAGGGGAGGAGCCACCACGCCGUGGCUUCUUCCGCGGCAGUCGUAGGGGAGGCGCCGACGUGACGCGAGCGUGUCUACGCGUUCUUGCGAUUUGUGCAAAUCUUCCCGUAGCACGUCAUGUCGUCCAACUCUUCCACCGCCCCGCCGGCUGCUCCGUCGCCGCCGAAGAGCACCCCUCCUCCUUCAGCCGCUCCGCCGCCGUCGCCGGACUCGUCGUCCCCACCGUCGCCGCCGACAGCUUCGUCCUCCGCUCCGGCACCAUCGAACCCCGGUGACUCCUCGCCUCCGCCGGCGCCGGCCAGGUCCCAUGGCGCUCCGUCGUCACCGUCCAAGACUCACUCUCCACCAGAGCAAUCGUCUAGAAGCUUCCUUGAUGGUGGCAAGUCGCCACCGGCUUCCGUGCACCGCGGCGGGCCCACCACGGUGGAAAUCGUUUUCGCUGCUGCCGGCGCGGCGGCGCUCCUCGUCAUUCUCAUCGCCGCUUGCAUCUGCUGCUCGAGUAAGACGGCGCCGAGGAGGAGGAAGAGGCCUCACAAUCCCAUGCGUUUCUACGCAGAUUCCUCUGUGUACAAAGGCAACAACACGUACUACACGAGCGGGCCGCAGCCGCAAUGGCAGAGCGAAACCGGCUCGCCGGCGACGAUGAGCACAUUCGGUCCGCCGGGGGGUGGCUGGUAUGCGCCGCCGCCAAACAUGACCUCCGGCGUGUACUCCGGUUCGCACGGGCCGCCGCUACCGCCGCAGUCCCCGCACGAGGCGCUGGGGCUCCGCAAGGGCACCUUCACCUACGAUGAGCUGGCGGCGGCCACGGGCAACUUCUCGCCGGCGAACCUGCUCGGGCAGGGCGGGUUCGGGUACGUACACAAGGGAGUGCUUCCCGGCGGCAGGACGGUGGCCGUGAAGCAGCUCAAGUCCGGGAGCGGGCAGGGGGAGCGCGAGUUCCAGGCCGAGGUGGACAUCAUCAGCCGGGUGCACCACCGCCACCUCGUGUCCCUCGUCGGCUACUGCAUCUCCGGCGCUCGGCGCGUGCUCGUCUACGACUUCGUGCCCAACAAAACCCUCGAGUUCCACCUCCACGGGAAAGGGCAGCCAGUGAUGGAGUGGGCGACGAGGUUGCGCAUCGCUCUCGGGUCGGCGAAAGGGCUUGCCUACCUGCACGAAGACUGUCAUCCUCGGAUCAUUCACCGUGACAUCAAAUCGGCGAACAUUCUCCUAGACAACAAAUUCGAAGCAAUGGUCGCGGACUUCGGGCUGGCCAAGCUGACGUCCGACAACAACACGCACGUCUCGACCCGUGUCAUGGGGACGUUCGGGUACCUGGCGCCGGAGUACGCGUCGAGCGGGAAGCUGACGGAGAAGUCUGACGUGUUCUCCUACGGCGUGAUGCUGCUCGAGCUCCUGACGGGGCGGCGGCCCAUCGACACCGGCACAGCCCACUCGUUCCUCGAGGACAGCCUCGUCGACUGGGCGAGGCCGGCCCUGUCGCGCGCGCUGGCCGACGGCGACUACGACGGCGUCGCCGACCCGAGGCUGAAGGGCAACUACGACCCGGUGGAGAUGGCGCGCGUUGUUGCCAGCGCAGCGGCCUCCGUGCGCCACUCGGCCAAGAAGCGCCCCAAAAUGAGCCAGAUCGUGAGGGCGCUGGAGGGGGACAUGUCGCUGGAGGACCUGAACGAGGGGGUGCGGCCCGGCCAGAGCAUGACGUUCGGCACGUCGGCGGCGGGGGCGGGGUACAAGGCCACGGCUCCCGGAGAUUACACGUCCGACAUGGAGCGGAUCAGGCAGGUGCCCAUGGCGACCCCGGAGUGCAGCGGCGCUGUCGCCGAGUUCGGCCGUCCCUCGCCGAUCGGCAGCGAGGGCUCCUUCUCGGACGAUAUGAGCCCGGUGAAGAGGCAGCCGCACCGGGCGUGUCGGUAGCAUCAGCAGCAGCAGGUCUGAAUUGCUAUGCCAUGUAUGCAUUCGUUGCCUGUGAUGCUGGACCGCUGCCAUCCAUGCUCGUCACCCCGUUGUUGAUUGCGCAUUCAGGUUGCCUUGGCGCCUGCGAGCUGCCUGUAACACGCCGUGGAUUCUGUACAUAUUGACCUUAUCCUCACGGAGACGUAUGUAGAUGAACACAUACCCAUA